AUGACAGACCUGUUUCCAGUCAAUUCUGGAAAUGUACCGCCUCCGUCAUCCGCAAAUCCCACUUUUCAGCCUAUGCCAAGUCAAUCGACUCUACCACACGUCUCGAAUGCUACAAGUGCAGCAAGUGGUCCUGGCUUACGACGUAGAAAACGUAAAGAUCCAUCACGUCCCAUACAAAACCUCAAGUUGGAACGGAUUCUUGGACUUACAACGGCAUCAUCCAAUAUCUUGGCAACGGCUGAAUCACAGGAUCUGAUCGCUUAUGCAGCUGGUGCUGUCGUGGUGCUUUACAAUCACAAACGCAACAAACAAGUGGGAUUUCUAUAUCCACCAUCAUCAUCCACUUCCACUCUCGCCAAUAGUGGCAACAAUACCAGCAAUGCAGCCACAGCAGCAGCCAUCAAUGCAGCCACAGCAGCUUCAGGUGUUGCAGCUACCUCUUCUCUCAUGUCAAGUGUGGGUGUUGGUGGCGUCAAUACGAUAUCAACAUUGGGAUCAGGUCAUCAACCGGACUUAUCCAGUGUGCAAGCAGCGGUCUCGGAAAAGAAGAAGGUGCCGGCUAGUACGCGUGCUAAGCCAAUCAGCUGUUUGGCAUUCUCCCCCGAUGGCAACUAUCUAGCUGCAGGAGAGGUGGGCCAUCAACCUCGUAUCUUGAUAUGGGAUGUCAAAGAACGGAUCCUUUUACAUGAAUGUCGUGGCCAUAAGUUUGGUGUUCUUUCAUUGGCGUUUUCACCCAAUAUGCGAUAUCUUGUUUCGAUAGGACUUCAGCAUGAUGGCUAUUUAUACGUAUGGCAUUGGCGAAAAGGCAUCAAGCUGGCAGGCAACAAGGUCACUAGCAAGGUCAAUGCGCUUUCAUUUUCAAAGGAUGGAACCUACUUUGUUACAGCUGGUCUGCGACAUGUCAAAUAUUGGUAUUUCGAUGCUCGGGGACGUGUGCCAAAACGGGGAAAUCUAUCUUCACGGGAAACCCAAGUAUUGGAUGGUCGAUCCGGUAUUCUUGGCGCAUUGCGUGAAAGCAACUUUGUGGCCGUUGGCUGUGAUCGAGGCGGUACCAACAACAAUGCUUAUUUCCUUACCGACAGUGGGAUUCUUUGCAUGUUCAAGGAAGGGAGAGUGAUUGACAAGUGGGUGGAUUUACAGGCACAAAGUGCAUACUCAAUAGCAGUGUCACCAAACUAUGUGGUUUGUGCUUGUGCAAAUGGGGUGAUCAGAUUAUUCGAACCUGGGACAUUGAAAUAUUGCGGAAUGCUUCCGAAGCCCCAUCCACUUGGCACUGAUAUCAGCAGCAUCACUUCUCCAGAAAUGUUAAAGUACACAGAGGAUACUGAAAAUGCGCCUUAUUAUCCUGAUGCCAUUGCUGUUGCCUAUGAUGACAAUUCCAAUAAGGUCACAGCCGUGUAUUCCGAUCGCAGUUUAUUCUUGUGGGACAUCCAUGAUUUGAAAAAGAUUGGCAAGUAUCGCAGCUUUAUCUAUCACAGCGAAUGCGUAUGGGGGAUCGAGCCUUGCCCGACCAUCACCGAUAACAACAACACCACCGCCACCAGCAGUAUUCCUCCCAAUUCAUUUGCAACUUAUUCAGCUGAUGGCACUGUACGAUUCUGGAAUCUUGAUCAUAUUGCAGCACCAACCGCUCAUCCUCACUCGUCAUCUUCAUCUACGUUUAUGAUAUCAUCACCACGCUCCAAUGUCAGCUCUCCCAUUUCUCCUAAUCCUCCUUCAGCUGCAUCUAUACCCAUAUCUCCAAGCAGCAGCACUAGCACAAUUACAUCUCCACAACUUCGACGCAACAUUUAUUCGCGUGAGCUCAUCAAGAUGCUCUACAUUGAUACCGACGCUGCAGAGUUUUCAAAGUUUAGACGUGAUGUUGAUUUCACUGAAGAUCAAUUUCCGGAUUUUGGGAUCAGGUCACUUAAAAUGAGUCAAGAUGGCAAGUUGCUUGUUACUGGAGAUCGCAAUGGCAAUUUACGUGUGCAUGAUAUGGAUACAUGGGAGCAAAUCACCUAUCAGGAAGCUCAUGACUCUGAAAUCCUUUCCAUGGAUGUAACCAAUCCAACCACUUAUCAAGGAGCACCUUACAUGAUCGCUACCGCUAGUCGUGACCGGCUAUUACACGUCUUUGACAUCAACAAUGGUUAUCAGCUGACCCAGACAUUGGAUGAUCAUUCCUCCUCCAUUACAGCUGUGAAAUUUACACGCGAUGCCAAAAAGCUGAUCAGCUGUGGUGCUGACAAGGGUGUCAUUUUUCGGAGCAUUGAAGCGGAUGAAAAGUUGUAUGCAACGUAUCACAAUUAUGCAGGACGCGGCACCGUAUUCGACAUGUCUCUUGAUGUGAAUGAGCGAUACAUUGCAACAGUGACGGGUGAACGACGAUUAUACGUAUUCAGUAUCGAUUCCGGCAAACCUGUGCGCGUAUGCAAACCUGAGACGGCCGAAGAAGCGAUCACUGGAACAUCAGCCGAAUACUCUGGUGGAAGUCUUAUCAAUAUUGAUUUGGAUCCAUUCUCCGGCACCUUUGCAGUUACGAGUGGCUCGGAUCGUUGUUUACGAUUAUUUGAUUUGACCAACAGUGCAUGUAUUGAAAAAGUCUGUGCCCAUGCAGAGCUCAUUACAGCUGUGAAAUUCAUUCGCACAUACAACAACUCAGUGCGUGUGGUGAGCACAUGUUCCGAUGGCACCGUCUUUGUAUGGAAGAUUGCAGAGGAAAUUGUUGCAAAGAUGAAAUCACGUUGGAUUGAUCGGGAACACAAAGCACAACAAAUGGUGGUGAAUGCAAAGAGUCAAGAAGACAUGUUGGAUGAUCGACGUGCUGCUCUUAUUCGUGGUGCUGCUGCCAAACCUCGUUUUCGACGUGUAUCCACGGCUACAGCUGUUCAACCCACACCCAGUAUCUCUCAAAUGGCACGUGGUGAACGUAAAACAUUUUCAUCCAUGUCACCUGCCGAGCGUAAAUAUGAUGAUUUAUACAAGAAAAUGGCCACUCGAAGGAAUAACCCACUCUCAGCAUCACGUGAUCAUCCAGUGGACAAUGGCACAAACAACAACAGCCCAACAUCACCAUCAUCAGGUCCUAAACAAACCAAUGCUUCAGCAUCCCCUGCAACCCCAACAGCAGCAUGCAAAACAUUUGGCAAAUCAACAGGUGCUAGUGGAAGAAAGACGCCUGAAGGAAAAUUGGAACGAUUGUAUACGGGUGUACCGACCACGGGUGCUCGAGAACGUACAUACAGUCAUAUUGGGUCAAAUUAUUCGCCUAUGAGCCGUUAUGGUCCAAACGGUGGGAAUUCGAUGGGUGGUAGUAGUGGAUUGAAUCAGGGUCGACAAGGAGGACCUGUAGCAGCAUUGCGAAUGAAUCCAGUAUUAAGACGACAAAUGUCACGUGAGGCAUUGGGCAAAGUACAACAACCAUCGUCACCAGGGACACCAAAAGAAACCCAUCGUCGACCCCGUAGUGAUGGUGUUUUGAGAAAGAAGCGAUCAAGUGGAACACCUCUUAAUGCAAGGAGGGCAAGUGGAUCGGAUCAAUCUUCUACCAAAGACGAUGCAUCACAACCAAACCAAUCCCCUUCAGGGUCAAUGUCACCACCUACGUUGCCAUCAUCUCCCGUUGCCAUGACAACACAAACGCCCACUUUGCCUCAAGGCGUAGAUGAUGAAGAUGACAGCGACCUUGAUUUUCCUGGAGGCGUUGGUCAACAUCCUGAACGUGCCACGGUGAAUCAUGCAGAGAGUAUGGAUGAUGAUGGACAAGAAGCUGGUGAUGAAAGAGAAGUCAAUGAUGACGAUGACGAUGACGACGAUGAUGAUGAUGAAGAGGAACAGGAAGAGGAGGUUAUCUUUAUUGCCCCUGAACAUGAUGAGAUUGGUACAGCAUUUGAGGUGACAUCACAUGAAGAACCCAGUACUUUGGCUGAACCUACGGAGGAUGGACCUAAAUCAGCGAGUGCAUCUGAUGAAGAAAAGCAACAAGCAAGUCAUCCACAUGCCAAUGAGGAUGAGGAGGGAUCGAGUGAAGAAAAUACAGAUGAUGCUAUUAUACAAGCAAUCACAUCACGUGAGGCACCUCGCAUGACACCUUCAUUAAGCCGUACGACAUCUGUAAAUACACCAUCAUCACGCAAGAGUAUGGCCAUGGAUGAAAAUGAUCAAGAUCGUUUGCGAGCUGAGAUGAGUUCACCUGUACCAGCAGCAGCAUCAGCCGCAUCAGCCGACGGUACCAUGUCCCCUAAUGGUCGAGAUACACCUGCAUUUCGUGAAUUACAACGCAAGUUGGAAAAGGCAAGAAAACGACAAAGUUUGACGGCACGAUACCUCUUAUCACUAGGUGGUAGUGAUCGUAAAAGUACACAACGCACCACCAUCGACAAUGUACUCAAUCAUUUUCAACAACAAAUGGAACACCAUCAUCAACAGCAACCACCACCUACUCUUCAUAUUGCAUCACCUCCUUUGUCACCUACAGCAGCAACAUCUCAUGGCCCAACAAAUGGUUUAGUCACGCACCAGGGCAACGACAUGGAAAAGAAUGAUUCCCAGGAAAGCAUGGAAAAGGAGGACAAUAGCAGUAGCUCUUGUGCCAUGGAGAAACAAGCAUCACAAGAAAGCAGCAGUCUAACCGAUAAAAGCGAUUCUCAGCAAAGCGAUGAGACACCCAAAGUAGGAGGAGGAGGAGGUGAUGGUUGCCUGGCAACAACAACGUCUUCAGCAACAAACCAUGAUCAUGUCCUGGCCGAUUUGGAUGGUGCCAUCAUUCUUCUUGAUACCGUUCUUGAAUCAUACACUUUGGCACGAAAUACCAACAACAGCAAUGACGACUUUAUAUCAACAGUGCAAACCAAGCUCGACAAUGUAGUUCAACGUAUUUCAAAGACAUUACAUCCUCCAUCAUCUUCUUCCAACGACAACAAUGUGAUUACUACUACUACCAAUGAUACCCAUCAACAACAACAACAACAACAACAAGAUCCCGAAACUUUGGCUUUACUCGACAAAUACUCCAACCUUCUCAUUCAAAUGGUGGAGAAACGACUUGCAUCGUAA